AUGCGCCUAUCGUACAGUGAACAGCUGAUUGAGCUCGAUCAGCAGCGGCGAACGAAGGCAUACGGGAGGGAUGCAAAACGCUUUCAUCUUAAGCUUGCUACCUUCACCAGUGCGCUGUUGUACUUGGCGGCACGUGUUGAGGCGUGGAUGCACCCUCGGUCAGUUUCACACACUUGGGUGGAUAAUGUGCUUGUGGAAGUUGUUGAAGACGAUAAAUUGGAGCGCGUUUGCAGCAUUCUCGGAUGCGUCUUUGCGGCCUCUUUGUUUUUGCUGGUCUUUCUGACUAUACGAGGCGGUGUGCGUCGCAACUCGUCGCGCUCUGCACGUGGUCCUCGCGCUGCUGGGGACAGCAGCCACAGGGCAAAGGGGUGGUCUGCACCCUUCUCGUCGAUCGCUGUACCCGCAUCAACGCUGUUUGGGGGUUUGCCAAAAGUGGAUGUUCCCCCCACUACUGCAGCUGGUGGCUCACAGCAGUUGCGACUUCACCAACAUCACUCACUUCAACAGCAGCAGUCGAUUCGCUCGGAGGCGGAGCUGAAACGCUUUCUCUCCUCGAAGGAAUUGGCUACUGACAAGGGCGGUGAGGCCCCGCUGCCUGCUGUUGCAGCGGCCGCUGCUUCUACGGCAACGCUUUCCGCCCCCGCCGUCACUUCAUCGUCCGCCGGUGGAGGAACUGCGUUUAGUGGGCCAUUGGUGGGGGCCGCCGUCGCAGUGGGGCCCUCAGAUGGUAUUCGCGUACAGUACCUUGGUGGCGCCGAGAAGCAGACUGCAGCGCAGCCUGUAGAGACAGAGUGGACUGGUCUAGGCAUUCUUAGUGCUGAGCGCUCACUCCUCAAGGCGCGCAAGUGGCUCUCCGAUCUCUGCCAAGAGCUGGCGGAAGAGACAGCCGUCUGCGACCGCUGGUUCGCGGAACGUCAGAUCAGUUCCUUUGACACAAUGCAUUGUCUGCAAGAGACUGUCCCCUUACCUCGGCCAUCUGCCCCAGCGAGACUCGGUGUUGGUGUCACAAAUCUGCUGGCCUCGACAACACCGACGGUUCUGCGCAAACGUGACGCUCUUUUGAACGAGCGUCAGAAGCUUGCAGGUCAGGCACAAAAUGUGCAAAAUUUUGACGCCAUCCUUCACCUUGACCAACGCCUUUCACUGGAGGCGAAACUCGAUCCAUCCGGUACUUUUCCCUCUGCGUCGCCUCUUUCGGUAGCGGAGCAGCAGGCACAACGGCAGUACAUCGUCAAGCGACUGCGUUCCUUUGCGUCCCAGAAGACGCUCGCCUCAUAUAGACAUAACCACGGUGAUGCGGAUCUUUGGCACGACGGCUUCCCCACCGACGCCCACUUGCUGAUUCACAUUGUUCGCGCCUGCGUCGAUGGGUUUGCCAACUACGUGAAGUUCCCACACCAGCCGAUGAACCCGCAGGCAGGCCUAGCGAUAUUUGUUGGGGACACUGGGGAACCGUACUUUUACGUGCGGUAUCGUAGUGGAGCGAAUGACAAGACGUACGCGACACAUCAGGGAGUAAACUCCCUCUUUGAGGCGGUGCUGAUCUUCGCGGCAAUCGUGCGCGCGUACCACAAUGACUCGUACGGUGGCAUCUGGGGCGUCAUGGAUUUAUCCCGCACAGGUCUGCUGAGUGUGUUGUAG